GUACGAGAUGAGAAAAUCAAAAUUCAUGGUCACAAAGUCCAAGCAUUUUAAUAUCCACUAUUAAUUUUAUUACACCAACCUACCCUUCAAGACCAACAAAACACAAAAUAAAAGCAGAAAAGAGGUUUACUAUACGCUUUUCCCGCAAAAAUUGCCCCAAUCUCGCCCUAAUUCUCGAGGUCAAUAAGAUCGCGCUAUCUCAAGGAUCGAUCAGGUUUCUUUGUUGUGGAUCAAUAUGUCUGGACAGUGAUCAGAAAAUUAUUUUGAUCUGAGAAAUAGUACAGUGUGAUGUUUAUUUAUGUAAUGGAACCAACAUUUAGGCAAUAGGUUAUGUUAUUUUGGUCUCGUGAAAUUUUAAAACGUUGGUUGUAGUAAAAGGAGUUAAUUUAUUGUCGAUGGGUGUGAGCUACGUAACAAUUUCAUUAUUCUCUACUGCGUUGAGCUACGCGGGCCUUCGUUACUGGACGAUACUGUCACCUGAAAAACUUUUACUGGAUGGCUUGAUUAGUCAAAGUUUUGUUCUCUCUGAAAAUGUUGUUGAAGCUCUGGAGUCCCUUUUGGAUUCUUACACAUCAAUUGCAUUGGUAGCAAAUUUUGUAUUUAACAUAUUUGUUCUGGCCAUUCUGUCUCUCAAGACUAUAUUCUUUGCUGAGUUGCACUCUUCUGAAAGUCGGAAACUGGUUGAGCGGCUCGUUAAUUAUGUCAUAUAUAAGGGAACCUUUCUUCCACUGGUAGUCCCGCCAACAAUAUACCAGGGGAGCUUAUGGACUGCAUGGCUGGUCAUUCUGUGCUCCUUAAAGAUGUUCCAAGCUCUUGCUAGAGAUCGACUUGAUCGCUUGAAUGCUUCUCCUUCUGCUACUCCGUGGACAUACUUCCGUGUGUAUUCUGUUCUGUUGCUAGUCUUCAUCGUUGACUUGCUCUGGAUAAGGACUUGCCUGAUGCUUUAUGGAACAAUAGUGUCAUCUAUGUUCUUCUUAUUGUUCUAUGAGCCCCUAAGUAUACUUUUCGAGACACUACAGGCUAUUGUAGUUCAUGGAUUCCAGUUACUUGAUAUAUGGCUCCAUAACUCUGCUAAAGAUAGCACAUCCCAGGGUAAAUCGAACAUUUUUGAUAUAUCAGCAGGGUCAUUAAACGAAUGGAAAGGCAUUCUUGUGAGAAAUUUGGGCUUUGUACUAGACAUGAUGACACUGCUGAUGGCUCUUGGUCAUUACGUGCAUAUAUGGUGGCUUCACGGGAUGGCCUUUCAUCUUGUAGAUGCAGUCCUGUUCCUAAAUAUACGGGCAUUGUUAAGUGCUAUUGUGAAACGUAAUAAAGGAUUUAUCAAGUUGACGAUAGCUUUAAGCACUCUUCAUGGGGCACUUCCUGAUGCAACACAUGAAGAGCUACAAGCCUAUGAUGAUGAAUGUGCUAUCUGCAGGGAACCUAUGGCCAAAGCCAAGAAGCUUUCUUGCCAUCAUCUUUUUCAUCUUGCUUGCUUGAGAUCUUGGUUGGAUCAAGGUUUGAAUAAUAAUUACUUGUGCCCUACUUGUCGGAAGCCUCUUUUUGUGGGAAGACCAGAAGACGAUGUAAAUCCUCGUGCUAGAGAAGUUUCAAGUGAUGAACAACUUGCCCGGCAACUAAGUUCGAGGCUUGAUAGACUUCCUCCUGCUCCUAACUUGCCUGCAGGGGUUUCACCUGACCAAACAGUGAAUCCUUUGGAUGGUGGUGAUUGGAGGGGUGGAGGAACGGAUUCUGCUUGGCUGGGUUUUGAUGGAGCGGGCCCAUCUACAACUAUGAGGUCAGUUGGGUUGGGAAGAGUUCAGAUGAUGAUGAGACAUCUUGCAGCUGUAGGGGAAACUUAUGCUCAGACUGCCCUGGAAGACAAUGCUUGGAACCUUUGGUCUGCAAGUUCCUCCCAAGCUAGUACAUCUAGUUCAACAGUUACUUCUCCUGGCAGUGUAAGAUAUAGUGGAAAUGCAGGUGGAGUACAUGUGCGAACUUCUCGUGCUGCUAAUGAGAACCUAGCAAGCAUACUUGCCAUGGCUGAAACAGUACGAGAGGUCUUGCCCCAUGUCCCGGAUGAAUUAAUAUUCCAGGAUUUGCAACGAACGAAUUCUGUGACGGUAACUGUGAAUAAUCUUCUUCGAGCAUGAUCAUAAAUUCCAUUAAUCCAGUUGCGACCAUAUAUUACAUGUGCCAUUCUUAAUUAAUCCGAUUAAUGAAUGCAUUACUGGAGCUAGAAGGUGGCAACAUUUUGCAGGUUCAAAGAGUUGCUUGUUUGCUAAUUACAGGGUGCUUUGGCUUGCCUCAACAUGUUUGUGAUAUCUAAUAGCUUCAUUUCCUGUAUAUAUUAAGUGAUGUAAGAGAAAAGAGAGAGAAUAUGUGCAAAUGUAACAUUUUUUUUCGGAAAUAAAUAAGUUAGCUCUGCUGCCCAA